CCAUCACCGGCACCGAAUAAAAAUCACCUGAGCCGCACUGUCAGCGUAUAAGAUAGCGUGAUUCUCAGGCGUUCAUUGAAUCUUCUUUUCCAUCUCGAGGUAGCCAAACAAGGCAUAAAGCCGCUCAAAACCCUGGACCAAAAGCAAACCACAGCUAGCAAAAGGAUUCAGCAGCUAGCUGAUCGAGCAUCACGUCAAGCUAGCUUUGCCGGCAGCCUUCAUAUCCUCGUCCUCCAUCCACCCUUUUGCUCGCAAGAUCAGAGGAGCAUCACUACUAUCUAGGAAACUCCCCCUCAAACUGUCUCCAUCGUCGUCGUCGUCGAGCUACCACCACCACCUCGACGGCGGCGGCUCGAUCGACGCCGUCGUCCACAAUAACACACAGAAAUCAACGGCGAAAGAAGCAGCGAGGAAAUAAUGGGCAACUGCUUCACCAAGACGCACGAGCAGGAGAUACCAAUCACCACGGACCCGCCGUAUCGGCCGUCGUCGUCGAUGCCGCAGUACCGGCCGCCCCACAAGGCGCGGGAGGUGCCGCUGACCUCGGGCUCGGGUGGCUCGCGCCGGCCGCCGCCGCCGCGGCUUCCGGCCUUCCCGUCGUCGGGCACGGGGUCGAUGGGCUCCCGGCGGGCGCCCGCCGGCCAGAUCGGGCCGAUCCUGCAGCGGCCCAUGGUGGACGUGCGCACGCUGUUCCACCUGGAGCGGAAGCUCGGGAGCGGGCAGUUCGGGACCACGUACCUGUGCACGGAGCGCGCGACGGGGCGCAAGUACGCGUGCAAGUCCGUGUCCAAGCGCAAGCUGGUGCGCCGCGCCGACAUCGACGACAUGCGCCGGGAGAUCACCAUCCUGCAGCACCUCAGCGGCCAGCCCAACGUGGCGGAGUUCAAGGGCGCGUUCGAGGACGCCGACGACGUGCACGUCGUCAUGGAGUUCUGCUCCGGCGGGGAGCUCUUCGACCGCAUCACGGCCAAGGGCAGCUACUCCGAGCGCCAGGCCGCCGCCGUCUGCCGCGACAUCCUCACCGUCGUGCACGUCUGCCACUUCAUGGGGGUCAUGCACCGGGACCUCAAGCCCGAGAACUUCCUCCUCGCCAGCCCCGCCGACGACGCGCCGCUCAAGGCCAUCGACUUCGGCCUCUCCGUCUUCAUCGAAGAAGGUAAAGUUUACAAGGACAUCGUGGGAAGUGCGUACUAUGUGGCGCCAGAGGUACUGCACCGGAAUUACGGCAGAGAGAUUGAUGUCUGGAGUGCUGGCGUGAUCCUAUACAUUCUUCUAUGCGGGUCACCGCCUUUCUGGGCAGAAACGGAGAAAGGCAUAUUUGAUGCAAUAUUGGCCGGCGAACUUGAUUUAAUCUCCUCCCCGUGGCCCUCCAUAUCUGAAAAUGCAAAGGAUCUCAUUAGAAGAAUGUUGAACAGGGAUCCUCGGAGGCGCAUUACUGCAGUACAGGCCCUAGAACAUCCAUGGCUCAAAGGUGGUGCACCUGACAGACCUAUCGAUAGCGCAGUCCUGUCAAGAAUGAAGCAAUUCAAGGCAAUGAACAAGCUAAAGCAACUUGCACUCAAGGUAAUCGCGGAGAACCUAACAGAAGACGAGAUCAAGGGACUGAAGCAGAUGUUCAACAACAUGGAUACAGACAAGAGUGGCACGAUCACAGUCGAAGAACUGAAGGAAGGACUGACAAAACUAGGGUCAAAGAUUAGUGAAGCGGAGGUUCAGAAGCUUAUGGAAGCAGUUGACGUGGACAAGAGUGGCAGCAUUGAUUACGCAGAGUUCCUUACUGCCAUGAUGAAUAAACAUAAACUGGAAAAGGAGGAGGAUUUGAUCCGUGCAUUUCAACACUUUGACAAAGAUGAUAGCGGGUACAUAACAAGAGAUGAACUGCAACAAGCCAUGGCGGAGUAUGGAAUCAGUGAUGAAGCAAGCAUUAAAGAAGUACUAGAUGAAGUUGACAAAGACAAGGAUGGGAGAAUCGACUAUGAAGAGUUUGUAGAAAUGAUGAAGAAGGGAAGUUAUACCUGAGGAAACUCUGUUCGCAAUUCUCAUGAUGGAAGAGGUUGUAUAUAUAUGUUUCAGCAAAUAUGGCAAGUACAAGCAACAAUGCAAGUUUAACUCCAAACAAGUUGCUUCUACAGUUAUGGUCCAAAACUAGUAUGUACAGUUAUUAUUGACCGAAUAUGCAACAAGAGAGAAAAUGUUCAGAAUUCAUGGAAUAAAAAAGACUCGACCAGGGGGAGAGACGUCCCCCUGAUUUUCGUCUUAA